GGCUGCUGACAGAAGAUGUCCACCAGUGUUUCUUUGAGCUUUCCUGGCUCUAGGAGAUCUUCUGCUUUGAGAAUUUGCUGUUGGUCGCGAUACUGCUCAUCAUGCCUUCUUUCCAGUUCCUCAUUUGCCACUAGUUGUUUUACUUUAAGCUUCUUCUUGUGCAUUUCUUGAUCUGAUGGGCCUCGUGCAUGCGAUGGAUGCUGAUACCCCAGACUUUUCAAAAGUUUGGAACUUGGUCAGUCUAUGGGAGAUGUAGACGUGAGACAAUGUUGCCAACAAGUUCUUAUUUUGCUCAAAGACGACUCAAAGAUUGUAAUCUUCGACAAAUGCAGCUUACGGUAUCGGUCCGGAAGACUCGGUGCGCACAACGACGGAUGCGGUAUGCAAAAUUGCCAUUCCUCAUGCCAUUUCUAGCAGCAAUUUCUAUGACGAUAAGAGUAAUGCUCAGGACAAUGGUGCUUUCAUUUGGCUUUGCGUUUCGCCUGCUCCGUGCCAUCUUGAUAUUUGCAAGUUUGGCGGACCUCAACUCUUCAACCGCAAUCCUGUAUAUUCGCGGCAAAUCAGCUUUUAUUGUAGUCUCGGCGUUAUCAUCGAUAGACGCGUGCUCGUCGCUGAAUUUCUUCCGGCCAGCAGUUCUUGUAGUUUGAGAAGAAAGAUCUUUUCUUUUUUCAGAUCCGUAAAUCCGCUAUGUCUUGAAGGUAGCAUAGUCCAGAGCCUUGACUAGAUUGAAACCAGUGAUCUUGUUGCAUAAGUAGAUGCAAGGAGAUCCUGCAAGGCCACUUGGGAGACCUAUGUAACUUGGUGCAUGAUGGAGAUGUAAAAAUUGAGUGGCACCUCGAAGGGAGUGCUAGACUUCUAUGAGAGGUC